AACUCGGCUUCACUUCGGCUCCACUCGGCUCCUUCCGUCUCGAUUCGGCUCAGCGCAGCGAGACGCGCAGUAAAGACCCACAUCCAGCAGUAUGUCGCUAUCAAAUGUCCUCCAAACUCCUGCGUCUGGGUUUAAUUUCGACAACUCAGCGAGAAAUGCUGCUCUGGAGACUCUCUUCGAUGGAGGAAACACUCCAAAACCCAUGAAGACAGGCACCACGAUAGCUGGAGUGGUGUUCAAGGAUGGAGUGGUGCUGGGAGCAGACACUCGAGCCACCUCCAGCGAAGUGGUGGCCGACAAGAUGUGCGCCAAGAUUCACUACAUCUCUCCGAACAUAUACUGCUGCGGAGCCGGCACCGCCGCAGACACCGAGAAGACCACCGAGCUGCUGUCCUCCAACCUCACCAUCUUCUCCCUGAACAGCGGGAGGAACCCCCGCGUCGUCAUGGCCGUCAGCAUCCUGCAGGACAUGCUGUACAGGUAUCACGGUCAAAUCGGUGCCAACCUCAUCCUGGGGGGGGUGGACUGCACCGGGAACCACCUGUACACCGUGGGGCCGUACGGCAGCGUCAACAAGAUGUCCUACCUGGCUAUGGGAUCCGGGGACCUGGCUGCUCUUGGGAUUUUAGAAGAUGGGUUUAAACCUGAUCUGGAGGUACCCUCACUGAGUCUUACAGUUGGACUGUGUGGAUGUAUUCUGAAAAAAAAACCCUCCAGAUCAGACCCAGUGUUGUUAAUCCCCCUCUCUGUCCUGUGUGAUCUCUCUGCUCCGCCUCAGCUGGACCAAGCUAAGGAGCUGGUGCGAGCGGCCAUCCAGGCCGGCAUCAUGUGCGACCUGGGCUCCGGGAACAACAUCGACAUCUGCGUCAUCACCAAAGAAGGAGUGGACUACAUCCGGCCGUAUCAGGAGUCUCCGUACGGCACGGGCAGCAGGAAAUCCAAGUACAAGUACGGCCCGGGCACCACGGCGGUGCUGAAGGAAGACGUGGUUCCUCUGAAGCUGGAGGUGGUGCAGGAGACGGUGCAGCCGAUGGAGACGGCCUGAGCGCCACACGGCUCCGAAGCUUCACAUCCAGACAACUGAGACACUUUCAGGGAGUUUAGGAGUGUAAAUAAAGAAACAGACAUGAGACCAUUAAAAACAUUUCCAGCUUGUUGUUUUUUUUACGUGUUUCACUUGAUUGAGACUCUGGGAUUGAACUGGGCUUUACUGCAGUAUUUCAUCAGUUGUUUCCACUGGGAGCUGUGAUGAAAAGAUGCAGCUGUUAUUACUGUCAUUUGAAUAAAGUUACAUUUGAUAACUCCU